GAGAGAGAGAGAAGUGCACGAGCUGAAACACACACAAGUUAAGUUCAGUCAGACGGAGCUCCGCUUCGAGGUCGCACGUAGAAAAGUGGCAGAGGCGAGUUUAGGCAUAGCGAUGGUACUGUUUGGGGUGAGGUGAGACGAUGAAGAACGAAAGCAUUUAGUGAAAGUUCUAGCCUGUCCCCACACACACAACAUACACGCGGAGAUGUGUCCCCAACUGACGAAGUAUUUCAAGAUUUUCGGCCUGUUUAUGUGUUGCUGGAUGGCAGUCGAAGGUGAUAUCCGAUGUUACUGCAACCUUCCGCUGUGUGUAGUCACCGGUUACAUGUGUAAAUCAACACUGAAUGCAUGCUACACCGAGCAUUUUAGCUACAGUAGUGACCUUUCCCGUUCGCGUCACGGUUGUUUAGAUCAGUUACGUCACGAGAAACGAACCCAAUGUGCCAAAAGGGGAGUAGAUGCAGCUGCAGCGACGACCUCCAAUCCGUCCAUUUUAUGCUGUACCGAAGAUAUGUGUAAUUAUGUCAGCAGCAUGGACAUUAAUAUUCAAGUGCACACCAGAUCCAACUCUAGUAGGGUUGCAGGUAUAUACGACUACAACAACAUUGCCAAAACACGCAGAGAGAUAGCCCUUCAACAGGACGUCUGGUUUCGUGCAGCCGUCAUAGCCGUUCCUAUAGCUGGAAGCUUCAUCCUCAUACUUCUAGUGUUGGUAGCUGUACGCAUGCUCCGUCGGGAUAGCAAGAGACAUCGCCAGUUCCUAGAACUGAGGAGGCAGAGAAGGAUGCUUUUAUUAAAUGACCAGAGAAGGAACAAGGCCGUAGGAAUGUAUCUAACAGCACCCACAUGGGAUAAAGAUUACGUAUACGAGAAACCAUUAAACUCUUCCUUUCUCCUAUGGACAAAAUGGACGCCCAAUAAACAAGCGGAUUUCGUCUAGAUACGGGGGAAAAAACACUACUUUUCAUUUCCAAAAAACCGAAUUUCCGUUUCGUACAUCCGGCAGGUGCUUCCUGCCACGCUACCUUUUUUUUUUCCGACUCGAUCUCUACGGGGUGGGAAGAUAAUAAUAGUAAAAAAAAGGAAGUGCAUACAACUGAUCGAUCAAGUGGGCCAGUUUUACAAUAUUGUAAGAAGACAAAGAAAACGGAAAUGAUGAUAAACUAGUCAUGCUCUUCGAGUCCGAAUUUCCAGAAGAGUUACGUGAAAAGUAUUCCUGAGUGGUAGAAUUCUGCAAGAUUUUUUUUAUUAUGGUCACUUUUCUUUAAUGUAACAUGACGAAGGUGUGCGCCUUUCUGCGCGCGCUUGGGUGCUCGUGUGUGUGUGUAGUAUGAUGAGGUAUGAGAACUGGGUUAACGAUAUACAUUAUUAUUUUUUUUCCGUACUUACGGAUUUGUAAUGAUAAGAGAAAGAAAGGUCAGCGUUCUUUAAUACCUCUUGUUUAACGUGAGGUGCUAAAUUUACAUUGUAAAUAAAUAUUGUAUCUACAAUAUUUAGAUUGCUAUAAGCAGUUACUGUCAUAUAUUGUUCAUUUGUUUAUAAACCAUUGGAAAAAUAUCCUUGUACGAUAUUUUACUAACGAUUAUAUAUAUAUAAAAAGACUUCUAUUUA